AUGGCUUGCUGCAGGGCUUGCCAGUCAACUGGGAAUCGAAGACGUGACAGGAGAUCACUGGGGAUCCAUACCCCUGUCCUUGCCUGGGCCAUCCAUCGCCUCAACGGUGUUGUCGCUCCGGUCAAUGUGGCUUUCAGGGCAUCAGAGCUGGCGUACCAGCUCAAGGAUUCGGCAGCGCGCUGCCUGUUCACCGACCCGUCUCACUUGGAGGUGGCCCUUGAGGCCGCGAGACAAGCUGGAAUUCCUGAUUCCAAGGUUUUCUUGAUUCCUGUCCCGGGAGACACGACACCAAUCACGGGGACGACACAGAGACUUCUCAACGUUGAAGACCUGAUUGAUGCUGGGCGCCGUCUCCCUCCCCUUCCUCGCGUGAAGUGGCAAAAGGGUCGCGCCCGACGACAGCCAGCAUACCUCUGCUAUUCAUCCGGCACGUCUGGCCCACCCAAGGGUGUAAUGAUCUCCCAUCGGAAUAUCAUUGCCAAUGUUAUCCAGGUAACUCUUCUUGAGUCUUCCUUUCGGCCAUCAUCCCACCAGGACGUCAUCCUCGGUGUGUUGCCGCAAUCUCACAUCUACUCGAUCAUUAUGACCACUCAUCUACCAGUUUUCCGUGGCGACACAGUCGUCACAAUGGCCAAGUUUGAGCUCCUGAACUUGGUAUCGGCCGUCAAGCGAUUCCAAAUGAGUCUACUAUACGUGGUUCCUCCCAUACUUAUUGCUCUCACCAAGCAAAGCAACCACACUAGAGAUGCCUCGUUCUUCGACAUGCCUUCGGUCAAGCGAAUGUUUUGCGGAGCCGCACCUCUGUCUGAGGAGCUCACAUCGCAGAUAAGACAACGCUACCCGGGCGUGCUUUUGGGCCAAGGCUACGGUAUGACUGAGGCUUCGACCGUUAUUUCCCAGCACCCUAAAGAAGUGUACGACGGCUCCAGCGGGUGCAUCGUUCCGGGGCUCGAAGUCCGGCUGAUCGAUGCCGAUGGGAAUGACGUGGAAGAGACCGAUACAAGGGGCGAGGUCUGGGUUCGAGGCCCCAAUGUUGCGAUGGGCUACUACAAGAACGAGAAGGCCACUCGGGAAACCUUUGGCGGCGGCUGGCUCAAAAGUGGCGACGUGGGGGAGUUCCGGCUGCAUCCCGAGACGGGAGACGCUCAUCUCUUCAUCGUGGACCGCGUGAAGGAGCUGAUCAAAGUCUCGGGCUUCCAGGUCGCACCCGCAGAGCUGGAGGGACACUUACUGGGUCAUCCGCUGGUGGCAGACUGCGCGGUCAUUCCGGUACCCAAUGACCGUUCCGGAGAAGUCCCCAAGGCUCUCGUUGUGCUGAGUAGGGACUCAAAUGUGAGCCUCGAAACGGCUGAACGACAGCUUCUGGACUGGGUCGCGCGACACAAGUCGAAGCAUAAGCAGCUCCGGGGUGGCGUGGAGUUUGUUGCAGAGAUACCCAAAAGUCCGAGCGGGAAGAUAUUGAGGAGGCUCCUGCGGGAUCAGCACAAGGCCACUUCGGUGCAAGUGCAGCCCAUGGCAAGACUAUGA